GCCAAUGCUCACAGAUAACAAACCACCUUGAAAUGUCAUUCAAAUUUUUACCGGUGUAAAAGUACAUUUUGCAUUUAACUAUAUGAUAUUCAAGAUUAGUUUUAUUUAAAUAAUAACGAGAAGAGUUUAAAGAUGUAUGGAAAGUGGUCGAAAAUGGAUCCUUCUAAAGUGGAAGUUCCCGAAAUAAAGAUUCUAUUGGACAGAGAUCCAUAUUUAAAACAAUAUGAAAAUGAUAUUCGUCGAAGGUAUGCUUUGUUCAAAGACUACGUUGAUAAAAUAGAAGCAGGUGAAAAGAGUAUUCAAAAUUUCUCCGGAGGAUACAAAAAAUUUGGUAUACAUAUCAAUGAUGAUAAUAGCGUGACAGCUAUAGAAUGGGCCCCGGCGGCACAAGAAGUUUAUUUGACUGGAGACUUUAACAACUGGGAUAGAACAAAAACGCCGUAUAAAAAAUUAGAGUACGGCAAGUGGGAAUUGAACUUGAGCCCGAAUCCAGAUGGCACUAGUCCGAUUAAGCAUCUUUCUGAAGUAAAGAUUAUUAUAAAAGAUCAAAAUGGUCAACUCUUGGAGAGAUUGAGCCCUUGGGCGACAUAUGUUACACAGGCAGAGAAUCGUUCAGAGGGAACUACAUUCAAACAAAGAAUUUGGCAUCCUCUUCCGGAAAAUGUAUAUAAGGCGAAGCAUCCAAAACCAAAGAAACCGAAAAGUCUUCGAAUUUACGAGUGUCACAUAGGUAUCGGAACCCAGGAGGGUCGGGUUGGUACCUAUAUUGAAUUUGCAAAAAAUGUCAUUCCUCGAAUCGUAAGACAGGGCUACAACGCUAUACAGCUCAUGGCUGUAAUGGAACAUGCUUACUAUGCCAGCUUUGGCUAUCAGGUAACAUCAUUUUACGCUGCUUCUUCACGCUUUGGCACACCAGAGGAAUUGAAGGAGUUAAUUGACGUCGCUCACCAGCACGGUCUCUAUGUUCUGCUAGACAUGGUUCACUCACAUGCAUCGAAGAACACUCUUGAUGGCUUGAAUAUGUUUGAUGGAACGGACGCGUGUUAUUUUCACUCGGGUAGUCGUGGUCAGCAUCCCCUCUGGGACAGUCGCUUAUUUAACUAUGCUGACUAUGAGGUUUUGAGGUUCCUAAUUUCGAAUUUGCGAUGGUUCAUCGAAGAAUAUGGUUUUGAUGGAUUCAGAUUUGACGGCGUUACGUCAAUGCUGUACCAUUCGCGGGGUUUUGGUCAAGGAUUUAGUGGGCACUACGACGAGUACUAUGGCUUGAAUGUUGAUGUUGAAGGGGUGGUUUACUUGAUGCUGGCCAAUCAUUUUUUGCAUGAUUCAUAUCCCGAAAUUGUCACGAUUGCAGAAGAUGUGAGCGGCAUGCCAGGCAUUUGUAGACCAGUUGCCGAGGGCGGAGUUGGGUUUGAUUAUCGACUAGGUAUGGCUAUUCCGGACAAGUGGAUCAAAUUGUUGAAAGAAGUUAAGGAUGAAGACUGGAAUAUGAGUGAUAUAUGCUGGACUUUGAGCAAUCGUAGGUGGAUGGAGAAAACAGUAGCUUACUCUGAGUCUCAUGAUCAAGCUCUAGUUGGCGACAAAACUAUUGCUUUUUGGCUGAUGGAUAAGGAGAUGUACACAAGUAUGAGCGUCUUGUGCCAGCCGAAUUCUAUUAUCAAUCGCGGAAUUGCUCUGCACAAUUUAAUUACGCUCAUAACUCAUGCACUGGGCGGUGAAGCUUAUUUGAAUUUCAUGGGCAAUGAGUUUGGUCAUCCUGAAUGGCUGGAUUUUCCUCGGAUAGGAAACAAUGACAGUUACCAUUACGCAAGACGUCAAUGGAAUUUGGUGGACGAUGAGAUGUUAAAGUACAAGUUUAUGAAUAAUUGGGAUCGAGCAGUGAAUACUCUGGAAGAGAAGUAUGGCUGGCUGCAUGCCAAUCCAGGUUACGUGAGCUGGAAGCACGAAGACGACAAGGUGAUCGUUUUCAAUCGAGCUGGUCUCGUUUUUGUCUUCAACUUUCAUCCAUCGAAAUCAUUUGCAGAUUACGCUGUUGGCGUAGAUGCUGCAGGAACCUACAAAGUCGCACUUAACAGUGACUCUCCAGAGUUUGGAGGAGAAAAUCGAAUCGACGCCAGUGUGCCUCACUUUACAAAACCCGAGCCGUAUGCGGAUAAGCCUCACAGAAUGAUGGUUUAUACUCCCUGUAGAAGUGCCAUUGUGUACGCUAUAGAUAUUUCUCCAUUCCAGAAGGAUAAAUAAAUUAAUGAGUACGAUGAAGGAUAUGAAGAAAAUACUCUUUUUGUUUGUCAAGAAUGUUUGUUACUCAUUUUUU